AUGAACCCCGAUGCGAGUUUGAUUACUGCGCUCGUAGAGCGCUGGCGACCCGAGACGUCGACCUUCCAUCUACCGUUUGGUGAGAUCACGAUCAUGUUAGAGGACGUUGUUACACUGUCAGGUCUGACGAUCGACGGUGAUGCCGUCGUAGUUGAUAUACCGGAUGAGGUGUGGUCGGCGAUCGGUUUGAGACUGUUAGGACGGGUUUCGACUGAUCUUUCAGGCGGUGUCGGUGUCGUUAGGAUUGUUUGGCUGAGGGAUGAAUUCAGUCAUCUGCCGGAAAAUGCAUCACAGGAGGUUAUAGAGCAGUUUGGACGAACUUAUGCUCUAUCUCUGAUGGGAGGUGUACUUUUCCCGGAUCGAUCUGGAGCUACGGUUCGCCUGGGGAGCUGCUGUUUUAUCCUACCUGUACCGUGA